UCGACAUGUCUCACAGGAAAUUUUCCGCUCCGAGGCACGGCUCCAAAGGAUUUCUCCCUAAAAAGAGAAGUACUCGUCAUAGGGGUAAAGUAAAGGCUUUCCCCAAAGAUGACCCAACUAAACCAGUCCACCUUACAGCUUUCAUCGCUUACAAGGCUGGCAUGACUCAUAUUGUCAGAGAAGUGGAUCGUCCUGGCUCCAAAACCAACAAGAAAGAAGUUGUUGAAGCUGUAACCAUCCUUGAAACACCUCCCAUGGUUUGUGUUGGUGUAGUUGGAUACAUAGAAACACCAACAGGACUUAGAACUUUUAGAACUGUCUUUGCUGAACAUUUGAGUGAGGAAUGCAGACGCAGAUUUUACAAGAACUGGUCAAGUUCCAAGAAGAAGGCAUUUACUCAAUAUGCCAAAAAGUGGGCUGAUGAAAAUGGUAAAAAGGAGAUUGAGACUGAUUUAAAGAAAAUCAAGAAAUACUGCAAGGUUGUGCGCAUCUUAGCUCACACUCAGACAAAGCUUCUCCGUAAACGUCAAAAGAAGGCUCAUCUAAUGGAGAUUCAAUUAAAUGGUGGGAGUGUUUCUCAAAAAGUUGACUGGGCAGUUAAGCACUUUGAAAAACCUGUUGAAGUGUCUUCAGUAUUCAGUCAGGAUGAACUUAUUGACUGCAUUGGUGUGACAAAAGGCCGUGGAGUCAAAGGUGUAACUUCACGUUGGCACACUAAGAAGCUUCCACGCAAGACCCACAAAGGUUUGAGAAAGGUUGCUUGUAUUGGUGCAUGGCAUCCUAGCAGAGUCCAGUAUUCUGUUGCAAGAGCUGGUCAAAAGGGUUAUCAUCACAGGACUGAGAUAAACAAGAAGAUUUAUCGAAUUGGAGCUGGCAUACACACUAAAGACGGCAAGGUUGUCAAAAAUAAUGCUGCUACUGAAUUUGAUCCAACUGAAAAGACCAUCACACCCUUGGGUGGCUUUCCUCAUUAUGGAGAUGUCAGAAAUGACUAUAUUAUGCUUAGAGGCUGUGUUAUGGGACCUCGUAAGAGGGUCAUUACCCUCAGGAAGUCUCUUAUGACCAACUUCCGUCGACGUCUUAUGGAGAAGAUAAGUCUUAAAUUCAUUGAUACAUCAAGCAAGUGGGGUCAUGGUCGCUUCCAGACUGCAGAAGAGAAACGUACCUUUAUGGGUCCUCUUAAAAAGGAGCUACUUUUGAAGGAGAAAGAAAAGGAUGCUGCUUCUGUUUAAGUUGUUUUCAUCCUGUUUUUGGAAAAUAAAUUUUUCAAGAU